CCCAUCAAAUGAACACUUCGUCUUCACCAUCGUGAACUCUCCAGCAAUAAUCAUUUUUCUAUCCGGAGAAAUUGCCACUAACCGCACGAGCCCAAAAGUGAUAUUCUUCAACACAUGCAGUGCAUGGCCCUGAUUUUGUGCAACUUGUAGUGGCUACUCUCUGGACGCAAUCUCUCUUCUCAGGUGAUAAAUCCGGCGAUAAAUAGAUAAGCUGCUCCUGCUUCCGCUAGACAUGACGACGGGUGGAUGUUUUGGUGAUUUCCCAUCAUGGAACAUGUCAUAUCGAUGUCAUCGCUUGACCCUUUGUUGAUUUACUCACACAGGACACGGCAGGGCCAUUAUAAAAGGUGCCAUGGACUCAUGGAGAGUGUGGGGCAUCUGGGAGCUGGUUUCAGGUAUCCAUGUCGUAUCACCCCAUGUUGCAGAACGCCAAACAAAAGCAGAAAAUCGAACGAUGUAUCGUGUUUCGUAACGGUAAUCAGGAAUCUCCUCGCCGAGCGAAUGCACCUUUCCUUCACUUUGGAACUGGACUCUUGUCGACGGGCUCUCGCUCGCUCAAAGAACCUGCGCAGAAAGCAAGUCCACCUUUCUCUCUCUCUAUGUCUCCAUCUCUCUCUCUCUCUCUCUCCUGGUACUUCUAGUGAGGUACUAAAUGUACAAGUCAUUCCAGAUUUAGUGCUUCGCGUAAAGACCAAUCAUUAGAUCACAUCGAAAGACUCUCCAUUUCAUUUCCACAUUCCUGAAAGUGUUGGUUCCCACGUGGGACUCGCGGACAUUCUUGCCAAAUCGACUAGAUCCACCUGAAUGGACGAGCCAAGCUGCUCUCCAAGCUCUGGCUGGUCACAUCACGGACCGAACGAAGCCGCCUCGUAUCAGCAUUCAGUCAUAGCAGAGGAGUAACGAUUGCAGUGGGGAUUAGAACACCAUCGAGUCUUAUGUGUGAUGCUAAUGCCCCCAUCCCAAAAGCAACACAAGAUAUAUUUUAUAUAAUGAAACGAACGCAUUGUGAUAAAGCCUGCU